ACAUAAUAGGACCAUAAGAGAAUAAGAAUUGAAACCCUACCCUAGGACCCGAAGGUCCUGAACGGCCGAACGCGGAACGCCCUCAUUGUACGGAUUCAGUGAUCUCAUGGAAUAGGGCCUGAAAUAGUUUUAUUGUUUGGGGUUUUCACAAAUUUUCCACUAUUCUGCUGCCUAGAUACUUCAAGCACAGCAAUUUUUCCAGUUUCAUUCUGUCUGGUGAAUCCAAUACUUUUUCUUGUAAGUAAUUGAUCGUUUAUAAUUAUCUUCUGCCAUUGAUGUAUACUUAUGUUUAAUACGAUAUUUGGAUCUGGAUAUGAGUUUAUGAUAAUUCUUAGAUUUGGUGUUAAUUUUUAACUAGUUAUAAUAUUUUUGAAAGGUUGGAUAAGUGGUUAAAAUGUUGCUAGUGGAUUGUUUUUGGAUUGUUGGGAUACUUAAGUGUUUUGAUUUUUUUUAUGCUUUUAGCUUUUAAUAUGGAACCAAAUCGACCUUUUGCCAAGAAAGGAAGAACCUUAUUAUCUUUCUUUACAAAGAGCGACAAAUCCAAGGAUGCUCCAACUCCUCCGGUACCCAAUUCUCCAAUUGCUACUCUAACUCCUACGGUACCCAAUCCUCCAAUUGCAUCUCCUGAAAUUGAACGGUCUUCAUCUUUCAAUGUUGAGUUAGAACCAUCUGAUUCUAUAGAACGAGACCCAGGAAAAAGAAAGCAAAUUUAUGAAUAUCCGUUUAAUGAACGUGAUCAAAUUAGGCGUGCCUAUUUUAAAGCUGGGCCUUAUCAACCAAAACUUUUGGAGUAUCAAAGCAAAGAAUUUGGAAAACAGAAAUGUCGAUUUCAAGAGCAUUGGUACAAUCAGUAUUCUUGUUGGAGUAUUCGCCUUCAACACAUAAGGCAUAUUGCUUUUUCUGCUUUCUUUUUCUCAAUGAAAGGGUUCCACCUAAUAUUUCAUCAUUGGUUACUGUUGGAUUUGAUGGUUGGAAGAGGGUUGGCCAGGGGAGUAAAUGUGCAUUUCUUGUUCAUAUUGGUACAACGUCUUCAUCAUAUCAUAAUGGCUAUAGCCUAUAAGAGAAGAGCUGAAGAUCUAAUGAAACCAAUUCAACAUAUUGACAAGAUAAUACACGUUGUAUUAAGUGAGGAAAAAUAGAAAAAUCGUUUGUGUCUAAAGACCACAAUUAUGAGUGUUCGAUGGCUAGCACUUCAAAGUUGUUCAUUUAGAGGCGAUGAUGAAUCUCCAUCUUCAUCGAAUCGUGGGAACUUUCUUGAAAUGGUAGAUGCAUUUGGAAAAAUGAAUACAAAAAUAGGAGAAGUUGUGUUGGGUAAUGCUCCAAAAAAUGCUACAUACACAUCUCCAAACAUUCAAAAAGAGAUUUUGAGCAUUAUGGCUAAUAGAGUAAGACAGAGAAUCCGUAAAGAAAUUGGGGAUGCAAAGUGUAGUAUUCUUGUUGAUGAAGCUCGAGAUACACCUUCACAAGAACAAAUAGCUAUUAUCUUGAGGUUUGUGAAUGGUAAUGAAAUUUUGACAGAGCGUUUUUUUGCAAUCAAAAGUGUUAGUGACACUACAUCGUUGAAUCUUAAGAAUCAAAUUUUUGAUGUUCUUGUUCGUUUCAACAUUCAAGUGCAAAACAUGAGGGGUCAAGGGUAUGAUGAUGCUAAUAACAUGCGUGGUGCUUGGAAUGGACUACAAGCAUUAUUUCUUAGAGAUUGUCCAUAUGCAUAUUAUGUCCAUUGUUUUGCCCAUCGUUUACAACUCACGUUGGUUUCAGCAGCUAGGGAUGUCACAGCUAUUAAUUCAUUAUUUUCAGAUUUGGACAAUGUUAUUAAUAUGAUUAGAUCAUCUCGUAAGCGCAUCAAUGAGUUGAAAAGCUCCUUAAAAAAAGAAAUUGAACAUUUGUUGGAAAUUGGAGAACAAGAGACUAGAAGUGGGGCUAAUCAAAUUGGUAACUUGCAACGAGCUGGAGGUACUCGUUGAUCUUCUCAUUACAACUCUGUAAAGAGUUUGAUUGAUAUGUAUGCUGCAACUUGCAAGGUGCUUGAGUAUCUCAGUGAUCAUUCUCCAAAUGUAAGAACUUCGUCUGAAGUGGGUGGUGUAUACAAAAAAUUGACAACAUUUGAAUUUGUAUUUAUUUUGCAUUUAAUGCGCAGAAUGUUGGCAAUCACAAAUGUGCUUUGUCAAGCCUUUCAGAAAAAAACUCAAGACAUCUUAACUGCUAUGAGAUUUGUUCAUACUACAAAAAUCAUCAUUCAAGAAUUGAGAGAAAAUAGUUGGGAAGAAUUUCUUGAAGAGGUGAAUUGUUUUUGUUCAAAAAAGAUAUACAUAUACCUGACUUUCAUAGCUCAUACAUGGUUGGUCGUUCUCGUGGUCGUGAGUAUCCCACCAUCGAACAUCAUUACCACUUCGAUAUUUUUUAAUGCAGCCAUAGAUUUUCUGAUGACGGAGUUAGAUACAGUAUUUAAUGAGACAUCAUUAGAACUCCUUUCUCUCGGUGUGGCAUUGGAUCUGAAAAAUUCUUUUGAAUCAUUUAACAUGGAUAAUAUUUGCAAGCUUGCAGAGAAAUUUUAUCCUCAAGAUUUUACACAGCAAGAUAUUUAUAGUUUGAAAGUUGAGUUGCAACAUUAUCAGCAUGAUGUGAUUUUCGAGCCUCGAUUUUAAGUAUCUACACUUUCUGAUUUAUGUCAAGAAUUGGUUGCAAGUAGAAGAUCGAAGAGUUACGUCAAUUUGACUAAAUUGAUUCGUCUAAUAUUGACACUGCCUGUUUCAACGGCUACCGUAGAGCGAGCAUUUUCUGCAAUGAAACAUGUGAAGACGGAAAUUCGUAACAAAAUGGAUGAUCGUUUUCUUACUGAUUGUAUGACACUUUACAUUGAAUGAGAAUUUUCUUUGAAUUUAGAUUUAGAUCCUAUUAUUAAUGAAUUUUAUGCUAUAAAGCAUC